AUGAAUUAUAAUAAACAGCCGAAAGACACGUCCGAAGAAGACGCCUUGGUCACCGACCCGUCCAAAAAGACGAAGAAAGCGUUUAAAAAGUUCUCCUACCGCGGCGUCGACCUCGAACAACUCCUCGAAUUGAAAACGGACAAAUUGGUCGAACUCUUUUGCGCUCGCCAAAGACGUCGAUUCCGCAGAGGUCUCGGCCGCAAACCGUUGGCGUUGGUGAAGAAGCUCCGCAAGGCGAAGAGAGAGGUGCAAGGGAUGGACAAGCCAGAAACGAUCAGAACGCAUUUGAGAAACAUGAUCAUCGUGCCGGAGAUGAUUGGCGCCAUCGUCGGCGUGUAUAACGGGAAAGUGUUCAACACGGUUGAAAUCAAGCCGGAGAUGGUGGGCACUUAUUUAGCGGAGUAUGCCAUCACGUACAAGCCGAUUUCGCACGGCAGAGCAGGUAUUGGUGGCGAGAAGUUUGUUCCGUUGAAGUAA